AGCACAUCCAACACUGCCUUGCUGCUGCUCUGGCUGGUCGGUGCACUGUACAGCGGUUGCCAUGAAUCUCGAAGGGCGAAGGAAGUGCCUGGACGCUUUCAUCGUCGCCUUGAACCAGACAUGCGAUGGAAGAGAAAAUCGUUGGUACGCGUCUACACUGGAGCUACAGCUCGUGUCGCUGAAGUUUUGUGGGGCGUGCAGGCGUUUCCCGACCUUGCACGUGCGUGUCGAUCGACAAACGCCUCGUAAAAAGCCCACUUGUCGGCGACGAAAACCCUGAUGCCCACGCUGCAUCGAAUUGGCGACCGCGUCCCUUUUACGGCUUCUCUCUUUAGUGACGAAACACGCUCGAUGGCGGUACCAGGUGCUUGAGGGCCAGCAGCGCACAUAGCCCAGGAGAGGUCUCGGGUAGCCGUGGUUCCUAUUGAUCAGUUUCUUGGUACCGAGCCUUCGAGACACCGUGAAACGCCGUUCAGCGACGAAAUUGAAGAGGUUAGUGGUGGGCGGCAAUAAGGUUAGCCCAGGGUAGACACGUCACCAAGGCAAGCGGGCCCAGCUUGAACGACUUUUACCCCUUGCCAUUCAAUCUUCAGAGAUGAAGGUGGUCGACGAGGUUUAUUCUUAUGUUAAGGUUGUACAACUGUUGGGCAGCUACAAUCUCGCCAUGGGUA